AUGUGCGUUUUUUCGUGUCUAGGGUCCACACGCAAAGAUGCUGGAGGAGCGGAACAAUUUAUGCAUAUUGAUCAUGGAUACAAUGUUGCUGCAGCAAAAUUGGCAAAAGCGGCAAAUGUGCCUCAUUACUCUCUCUGUAGUGCCGCGAACGCGAAUGUCCGCAGCUACUUCACCUAUCCCUACUGUAAGGGUCUCAUUGAAAAGGAUCUUACUGAACUGAACUUUGACUCGCUGUCCAUCUUCCGUCCUGGCGUUUUGGAUCGUGGUGAAAUGGCGCGUUGGAAUGAAAAGCUCAUUCCUUUCGGUGCAAUCCCUGUCUCCGUUGUGGCUCAUGCAAUGCGUAUUCAAGCUGGUUCAGUACUACCUCCUUGUCUAAAGAAUAGAACUCGUUCUGAGCGGACAAGUCGAACCGAAGAAGGUUUUCACGUUCUCGAACUCCGAGAUGCGUAA